GUUCGUCCGAACGACCGAUCGUCGUGUGGUGCUGUGCGUGUGUGUGUGUCUGCUAGAGAGUAACCUUUCGACAUAUUCUCCCAGCGGCAGCGCUGGACUAAACUCCUUAAGUGUAAUUUUUUCGCGUGUUCGGAUCCCCAGUGCAUACUUCCAGACAUGUCGACACCAGCAAGACGGCGUCUCAUGAGAGACUUCAAGAGAUUGCAAGACGAUCCCCCCUCGGGUGUCUCAGGGGCGCCCACGGACAACAACAUAAUGAUCUGGAAUGCCGUAAUUUUCGGGCCGCACGACACACCCUUUGAGGACGGCACCUUCAAGUUAACUCUAGAGUUCACAGAAGAAUACCCAAACAAGCCACCGACGGUUCGUUUCGUGUCAAAGAUGUUCCAUCCCAACGUCUACGCUGAUGGAAGUAUCUGUCUGGACAUUCUACAGAAUAGAUGGAGUCCGACGUAUGACGUAUCUGCUAUUCUUACCUCAAUUCAGUCGCUCCUGGAUGAGCCGAACCCCAACAGUCCCGCGAACUCAUUAGCGGCGCAACUGUACCAAGAGAAUCGCCGAGAAUACGAGAAGCGGGUCGAGGCAAUAGUCGAGCAGUCGUGGCAUAAUUUUAAUGAUGAGGAGGACGCCAGCAACUCGAAAAAGGAACCUACCACCACCGGAGCUCAAGGCUCGGGAACUAGCAACUCCUAGGGUCAACUUCUAGAAGCAGCCACAACAAAACCGUAACAGCAGCAACCAACAUUCGCAAAACAGACAGUUGAAACACAGAAACCACGAAAUAUCGAUGAAACCGCAGACUAAAGGACGGAAAGAAUUCGAAAGCGAGUCCCGAGGGAAACUGAAGCUCUAUCCGAUUGACACAUUAUAUAAACAAACGAAGUAAGCCUUCGAGGGGCGACAACAGCAAUUAUAGUCUAGUAUCCAAGACAUUGAAUCGGUUUGUCCCGAUGACCGUCCAUUAAAAGAUUCGAUUUGAUGAAAGUACACCUCGGGAUUUCCUUGGAGAGCCGAACAGCUCAGAAAAUUUUCCCCAGCGAGCAAACGACAACCAUUCACAGCAGGAAAAUGUUGGAAGCGAAUCCUUGUUUUUUUGAAAAGUAUGAUGCAUAUUAACAUGCCAGACGCUGAAAGCAUACUGGGAUCGGAACGCCUUGGAAGUAUCAUCCAGAAUAGAGCCGGAGACAAUUGUCGGUAGGGAACGCGCAGCGCAGAGAAUCUUCUGGGCACGUAGCUCCUUUCCUCAAAUGUUUCUUCUUCGCCCUAUUGAAAUUUUUCCUCGAGACCUAUAGGCCCGAUAGCUUCCUCUGACUCCUCCCUCAUCCUUUGGCGGAAAGCGUCUUCCCAAUUUCUUCUGAAACCGCUACUCCAAUCUCGGCAAUUGAAGUACCUUAAGUUCGCCAGAGAGCAGCUACGGGAUCGUCGUUCCGGAGCGCGGCGCACCAAAUGCCGUUUCUGGGGAAGGAAAGGAUUCGGGACUAAAUCCUGGUAAUCUUCGAGAUGAGCUCCUCCCAGCGGCGAUCCGAUCCCUGGAAACACGAGUUUCUGGCUGAUUGUAGUCUGUUGUAAAUACAUACACCUAUGACUCACGGAUGAUGAUCGAUCUCUAAGCGGAAAACCUGAUCAGCGGGACAGAUCUGACGAGCCAUAUUCGAUGUAGUCGCGCGGAAAUGCGUAAAAUCUGACCCUCUGUCCCGUACUCGCCUCGUUGCGCUGCACUGGUAACGUUUAGAGAUCGAUCGAAUGUUCUUCUAAUCUCUCGGGCUUGUUGGGUUUGAUAACAGGCCCUUAGUUUCCUAGCGGGUCGGCGAAUCCGAAUUUCAACUUGAAACAGAAAGGAAGCGAAUAAAAGAGAGGAUAAGAAUUUAGAAACCAAGUAAUAACGUGGAAAAGCGAGAAGAACGCCUGAAUCAAGCCACCGGAAACCAUUUGACGCGAAGCAUGAUCGACUCGCAAAUGGAGGAGGCGUUUCACCAAAACUUGUAUAAAAUAAAGAGCGUAAACAACAUUUAUUGUCAAAUUCAC